UGCGGAAGUAAAGCGGAAAUGACGCAAUCAUCUCUCAUCUUGAAGCAUGCUUGAAUGGAGGUGACCUUAGUUAUUGUCAGACAGUAACGUGGAGUGUUGACGGCUUCCGGCGGGUAGAUCUCGGUAGUUUGGUGUAGAUGCUGCAAGAGUUGACGUUUCCCUGAAGCAGGACGAGCAAACAUGGCGGAGGGGCAUCAGACACGCGUGCAGAAUGUGGUGGAGGAGAUGGUGCAAAGCCUGGAGAGAGACAACAUCCGGAAAAUGCAGGGUCGCAUGUUCCUGUGCAGCGCAGACUGCUGUGACCGCCCCACCGACUCCAUGUCCCAGGUGCAUCAGUGCAUCGACAAGUGUCACACGCCGCUGGCCAGAGCUCAGGGUCUGGUCACCUCAGAGCUGGAGAAGUUCCAGGAUCGACUGACCAGAUGCACGAUGCACUGUAACGAUAAGGCCAAGGAUCUGUUCGACUCCGGCGCCAAGGACACGGCGGUUCGAUCUCUGAUGGACCGCUGCGUGGGCAGUUGUGUGGACGACCAUCUUAGCCUGAUCCCCAGCAUGACCCGAAGAAUCAAAGAGAAUCUGGACUCUUUAGAGCAGUGAUGAGGGGGAAGGACGGCGGAGGUCACAUCCUGGAGACACACACACACACACUGUCGUCUCAGCCAGUUCGAGUUGUCUGAGUUUCAGUCAUGUUUAGAACAGAGGUUUAUAAUUGUGCUCUAUGGGGCAUAACAACAGAAGCCCGUCUGGAGACUUGGCGCUGAAAAGAGAGAAAUAAAUCCUGUGAUAAUUGUGUGUGAUAUCAAGAAUUUAGCUCGGAAAUGCUUGAAGUGUGUUCUUUUAAGAAUUGUUUAACAGCCAUAUUUAACCUCUGAAGUUACGACCAUGAGCCUCCUCCUACUGUUUGAUUUUGUUUUAUUGUGACAUGUUCUGUGAUUGUCUGAUCUCCUCUGGUGAGAUGUGUUCAUUAAAAGUUCUGUAGAUGUC